UACUCUUGAAUGUUAAAGGGGAAGGAGGCUAGAGAUUUUUGUCUGUGAGUCAGGAGUGCCGCUGUAGUGUUUGCCUGCUGUUGCCUGCUGCUGUGUUGGCUUUCUAUUCCCUCUCGCCCUCUUCUCUGCGCCGGGCCAGGGGUCAGCUCAAAGACAAACGCACGGGUCACUGGCUAGAGGGAGGGAGAGGGGUGAGAGAGUAAAAAAGGCAGAGAAAGAGAGAAGGUCAGAGAGUUGAGGGGACUUGGUCAGAAGAGAAACAGGAGAGACGGGGCAGUAUGUUUAGGCAGGAGGAGGACGUUGGGGGGCUGCUGAAGGAGACGGGGCAAUGUGUAAAGGGAGAGUGGAAGAGAGAAGGGGGAGGGGUACAAGAAGGGGGGCUUGCUCCUCUCUGUGUGUCCAGGCUGAGAGCCUUUUUAGAGCCGUCCAGUGGAGCCAGAGUGCCUUUUGUCUGUUGAUACGAUCAGGGGACUGGAGGAAGUGAAGGAGCUUGAGAGAGUUUUUCUGUCAACCUCUGUGCCUCUUCUUCCUGCUGCCGCUGCUGCUCUCAAGGAGACUUGAACAGGGCUAUCUGUUUCCCUCUAUUCUGCUGUGCUCCAGCAGUGCAGGCCAUUCAACAUGAAGGGCACAGGGCAGAGUAGAGGAUGUCCGCAGAUGCGUUCGGGGCCGGGGGCAGCGAUGCCCAGCAGACCCUGCAGUCAUUCUGGCCUCGUGUCAUGGAGGAGAUCAGGAACCUGACUGUGGAUUUCCGUGUGCAGGAGUUACCUCUGGCUCGAAUCAAAAAAAUCAUGAAGCUGGAUGAGGAUGUCAAGAUGAUCAGUGCAGAGGCUCCGGUCCUGUUUGCCAAGGCAGCUCAGAUCUUCAUCACAGAGCUCACCCUCCGAGCUUGGAUCCACACCGAGGACAACAAGAGACGCACGCUACAGAGGAACGACAUUGCCAUGGCAAUAACAAAGUUUGACCAGUUUGACUUCCUGAUUGACAUCGUGCCCCGGGACGACCUGAAGCCCCCUAAACGACAGGAGGAGAUGCGUCAGUCAGUAGCUCCAGCAGAGCCGGUGCAGUACUACUUCACUUUGGCCCAGCAGCCUGGAGCUGUACAGGUGCAGGGCACGCAACAGGGCCAGCAGCAGGGUGGACAAACGGCCACGACCAUCCAGCCUGGACAGAUCAUCAUCGCUCAGCCACAGCAAGGACAGAUGCUGCAAGGUGCCACCAUGCAGCAGUUACAACAAGUGCAGAUGCUGCAAGGGGCCACCAUGCAGCAGUUACAGCAAGUGCAGGUGCAGUCACAGGGCACACCCAUCACGAGUGCGCCGGUGACCAUGCAGGUGGGUGAAGGCCAACAGGUACAGAUAGUCCAAGCUUCAGCUGCCCAGGGUCAAGGUCAGACAGCUCAAGCCCAAGGCCAGACCAUGCAGGUCAUGCAACAGAUCAUCACCAACACAGGAGAGAUCCAGCAAAUCCCGGUGCAACUAAACACAGGCCAGCUACAAUACAUCCGUCUAGCCCAGCCUGUGUCCGGAGCGCAAGUGGUUCAAGGACAGAUUCAGACUCUCGCCAACACCCAGCAGCUCACACAGGCAGACGUACAGCAAGGACAGCAGCAAUUCAACCAGUUUACUGAUGGACAGCAGUUGUAUCAGAUUCAGCAGGUGACGAUGCCAGCAGGACAGGAGCUCACCCAACCGAUGUUCAUUCAGUCCACCAACCAGACAGUCGACGCACAGGUCACGCAGGUCAGCACCGACUGAGCCCAACCAGGAACCUUUUUCUCCACCCAAACACAACACGCAUACCACCAGCCCAUGCGAUGCCGACAGAUGCCACCAACUUCGACUAAGGACGCUUGACAAACUCGACUUUAAGCACUGCUCAUGUAGACGACGGACCUGCAAUCUUGUAACACUCUUUGUAAUAAAUUUAGUACACUGGAUAAAAAAAACAACCCAAACGGACACGGAUUGACUCUCUCAAAAUUACAUGUUAAGUUGCAUCGAUGUGUAGACACGGUGAACUUUUUGUACUUCUGUCACCCACAUCUGUAGAGAAAAUAUGCAUCCACUGCCGCAGUCCCUGACACCCAUCUCUCCACAGACCAACUCAACUAUUCUUCCUUUUUUCAAACAUAGAAAGUGUUUGUUUUAUUCCUUUCUUUCUGCUCUUUAUUUGGAAAUGAAUUGGGAAAGUGUCCGUCUCCGUCUACAUGACCUGUACCUGGUGUAUCUGUGGUUGCCAUGGGAUUCUUCACCUCCUCUUUUAAUUGUUUUCCAUGUAGUUGAUGGAUGAAAUGAAGCCAUAUACCUCAGAUAUCACUUCUUACAGCAAGUCAAUCUAAGGGAUCUCGAGAAGAGGUUACAAGGUUCAAUGAUCAUUUCAUGUAGUUUCUCUCGUGUUGUUUUCUACAUUGACAAUGAAGCAUGACUUUGUUUUAAGGGCUUCAUACUGUACAGGUUAGCUGUGUAUGUGAGGGUGUGUGCUUAUAUUUCAAGCACACACACACCACAGUCAUCUUUACUCCUCCAUGUUCCUUUCAUUCACUCUUUCUUCACCCCUCUGUCUUUAGAGCAGCUUCUCUGGCUCUGUGCAGUUUCACACAGCCCUUUCUACCCGGGUGGUUUUGCAGUAUUGUGCCCUGGUUUAAGUCUCACGUACAAACACAUGACUCCGUCUGGAGCAAAAACACUUUUCAUACAAUUCCCUUUUUUUAAAAAAUACAAUUGUUUUUGUUUUGAGAUGAUGUUUGGCCUCAUAUCUUCCCCAUCAUUUUUUGUACAGUAAUGAUUAUUAUCAGUGUUCUUAUUAUUGUUGUUUUUGCAUGUAGUUCAAACUGCCAGCAUGACAUGCAAUAGAUAGGUACAAUUUUAUUUUUGACGUUUCCUUUUUGUAAACAAACGUUGUUUGUGAGAAAAAAAAAUAAAAACCAUUGUCUAAGA